AUGGCGCAAUUGCGCUGGGAAAGGCUCAAAUAUGCCCUUGCAAGACGGACCGGAGAUUCUGCAGAAGUGGAGCCUGGAGGGAGAGUCGAGACGAAGGGAGGCCAGCAGGUGCCAGCAGGCGGUGCAGUCACGCCGUGGCACGGUGGUGGUGAUCUGGGCAGCGACUGGGAGACGGCCUGA